GGGUUUAAGCUUUGUUUAAACAUGGAUCACUCAAAAAAAAGAAGAAAGAAAGCGGUGAUUAUUAGUCAACACUGCAGCUGGAUUUGAAUCUGUUUGAGAAUCAUUAGUAUAGAAUUGGAAUUUGACAUCUUUUUGUUUAGGUUUUUGGUUUUUGCAGUAUGAAGCUACGUAUGCUACUGAGCUGUCAGGACGCUGAAUAGAUUUAAAAAUAGUGGAGCUGCCAGAUUUAUCCAAGAACUAAAUUUUCUAGUAAUGUCGAUGAGCGCCAAGUGUUUAGAGGUUUCAAUGGAUGCAUAUGGAGCAGUGCGCAUUGUGUACACAAGGAUCAGGAGCCUUGAGCCAGAAAAUGUGUCUGAGAUUAUUGGAUACUUGCUCAUGCAAGAUCUGGGAGACCAGGAAAUGAUUCGCCUGGCAUUUGGUCCUAAUGCUCUCUUACAGUCCAUGAUUUCAAAAGCCAAGGAGAAACUGGGAUUGUCAUCAUCUCCUCCAAUUCAUCAGCAGCUGCUAACAGAUCACCAUUCUCCACCUUUUCAGUACUCGAAUUUACUGCCUCCACAUUAUUCUAAUGGAUUCCACUGGGGAUCAUCUCAUGAAAAAGAUAGUACAUUAUUAACAGCUCAAGAUCUAAUGCAUCAAACCAAUUUUCAAGGUGAACCCAGUGACUAUCUGAAUUUGAGCAGGCAUCAGAGCCUGCCCCCUGAUCUCAAAUUUUCAGAAGAACCACUUUUUUAUCCCGAUUCUUCUUUCAGUCUAGCUAAUGAUCAAUCUUUUUAUCGAGAUAUCUCUCCUACUUUUUACAAUGGAAUCAAGCCAGGAUCAAACCACAGGCGGGCCUAUUCCAUGACUGAUGUUUCUGUUUCUCCAAGUUCUGAAUCCCUGUCAUCCAAGCCAUGCCUUUAUUUUGCUCGCGGUUACUGCAAGCAUGGAUCCAACUGCCGUUUUUCACACAAUCUAUCAAGUCCCAUGAUUGAAAGCAUAUCGCUGGAGAAAUUAGAGAUGGAAAUGCAAGAGCUUUUGAGAGGAAUGAGGGCCCCUGUUUCAAUUGCUUCUCUGCCUCAGUUAUACUAUGAAAGAUUUGGUAAAACUCUACAAGCUGAGGGAUACUUGACUGAGAGUCAGAGGCACGGUAAAACUGGAUACAGUUUGACAAAUCUAUUAGCCCGGUUAAAGAAUACCGUUACACUCAUUGACAGGCCUCAUGGGCAGCAUGCUAUCAUUUUAGCAGAGGAUGCUUACAGAUUUACAGCAUACAGGAGUGGUUUUAGUAAUAUUGAACGAGAGGAUUUGGGCAGCAUCAAUCCCGCAUCCCGUCAAAUUUACAUGACUUUUCCUGCUGAGAGCACAUUCACAGAAGAGGAUGUUUCAAAUUAUUUUGGGAUUUAUGGACCUGUACAGGAUGUGAGGAUCCCCUACCAGCAGAAACGGAUGUUUGGAUUCGUAACAUAUGUUUACCCUCAGACAGUGAAAGUAGUCUUAGCCAAAGGAAAUCCUCACUAUGUUUGUGGUGCCAGGGUUCUCGUUAAACCUUACAAAGAGAAAAGCAAGUAUGGAGACAGGAAAUUUGUUGAUAGAGGAGAACAUUCAAAAUACUUGUCAUCUCACAUUCUUGAUCUUAAGGAGUAUGAUUCACAUCUAGGUUGUAGGCUGGUUGAGAGCUCAGAAAUGGUUAGAAGGCAGAUGGAGGAGCAAGAACAAGCUGUGGAGCUAGAAAGUCUACAUUUUGCUGAUUUGAAUCUGGGAGAUACACAAAGAAAUCAAGGUGGAAGCCAACUCAGUAUGCCCCUUGUGCAGCAAAAUCAUUUCUCAAAAGGUUUCUCCAGUGGUUUAUUCAAUGCUGACCAAUAUGCAAAAGCUUCAGAAGUUGAUGCAGAUCUCAAUGGGUUUGAUCCAACGCUUGAUCAAUUCAGUUAUGUGUUGGAUGUGCUGGACAGUGAGCAUACUAAUGAAGUAGAGACAAAGAGUAAAACUGACGCUGAUGAUGAAUGCAAUAGUGGGCACAACCUUCCUGAUAGCCCCUUUUCAGUUUUCAAUGGGAUUAAAACACCACCCCAUCCGGAUAAGACUAAAAUUUGCACUAUAUUCAACAACACAUCACAAGAAUCAACCACCUCUGGUUUCACUCAGAUUCCACUGUGGAGCAGGUGCAGUUAGCAAUGACAUGGAUUUUCCAUUGACUGUAGUUCAAAGGUGAUUACAAUGGAACAAAUCACUACCAUUUACCAGCAGUAAAUUAUAACAAAAUCCCUUUAUGGUAGAGAACAGCAGCACAGCAUGAUUCCUCGGUGAAGAGAAAGCCAGUUCAAUAAAAUUCUGGUAAAAUAUACAGGGUCUUCAUUCUCCCAACAAGUGUGUGUGGAGGGCUACCUGCAGAGGACAAAAGAGGCCAAAACCAGCAUAUACAAUAAAUCAACUGGGAUAACCUUAUAUAUAAAAAAGAAGUCCAAGUGGGUUUGGCGAAUCCGGAAUUACUCAAUUUUUUGAAGCAGAGUACAGAAUUUUUGCAUAUGUAGAUUUAUAUAUAUACAUUAUAUUGUCAAAUGAAAAAGAAAGAGCUCUAUAUGUAAGCUUUAUGUAGUUCCAAACAAGAGUUGGAUAUAAGUCUAUCCACGGAGCCUUACCUUCUUUUCUUAUAAAAGAGUACUUUGGCUAAGAGUGUGAAAAGCAACAACUAAUUAGAUUUACUAGACUGAAUCUGAGCUGCUGCAGCAGCCGCUUUCAAUAUAAUUUGCCACUUCUGACUAUUGGUAAGUGACAUUUCAAUAUAGCACAAUGAAAAGAAUCCAAAUUUAUUUAUUUA